AUGAUAUUCUCGAACUACUCGAUCGAGGACUAUGACCAGACUUCAACGUAUCUAUAUGCAAUUGAAGGGACAAUAUUAGUUAUCUUCAAUGCGUUUGCCGUCCUCCGUUUUCUGAGAAGCAGUUAUCAUAGAGCGAAUCGGGACAGUCUUCUUAUAGUAGGUCAGGAUAACCCUACUAAGGAAGAACAUGUUGUUUCGUCAGAAUGGUUACUUUUUAUACACCUUUGUUCUGAAACACUCCUGCACGUUCUUUCAGGCUGCUUGAUCUUCGACACAUUAUUUGAUUUUCCUGCAGUGACAAAAUGGGAAUGCCUUGGCACGCCGGCCUUGCUUUUCGUCAUUAUUACGCCUACAGCAGGGUUAUUUGCUUUCAUUACGUCACUUGAUCGAUUCUACUGUGUUAUGUUCCCUUUGAAAUACCUUCGACAACGAGUUCCUUAUGCACUUACAGUAAUGUUUUCUGCGUAUUUUAUAGCAUUAAUACCUAUUGGAAAAGCGAUUAUUGACAGCUAUCCCUAUCGGUUUGUGAAAGAUGAACCAGCCACAUGUAGUCUGAACAACGCUGUGACCGCCAGUAACUUCGUUUUGCUUCGAAUUAUUCGUGUGGUAUCCACAUUAUCUUGCGUACUGAUUUAUAUACCGAUUUUUGCAAGAAUGUAUAAGAAUAUACGUAUACAUCAUGAAAUGACUAAUCAGGGUGCUCGAUAUCAGAAGAAGUUACUGCGAAUGACGCUGACAAUAUCGCUUAUCACAUCAAACCCCAUUUUAUUUUUCACUAUACCUGAUAUCAUUAUGAUACUCAAUCCAAACUUCAAGAGCAAUAUAUUCUUUAUAUUGAAUUUAAAUAAGGGUAUCAUAAACAUUAUAAUAUUCAUGGCUACUCAGCGAACCCUUCGGCAGGUUUUAUGCGGCAAGUCGGAUAAUUCUGAGCUAAUGGUAUCAAUGAGGGCAGGAAGUAGGACGAAAACGGUCACUGCCUCUAAUAAAACCGAUAUUGUACAUUAA